AUGGCGGUCGACCGAAACGCCGCCGAAGCGGCGCCGACCUCGCGGGACUUCCCCCUGUAUCUUGACAUCGGUAGAGGACUCACUGCCAAGUUCGAGGAACACGACUACGCCGUUCUCACAAACCAUAGCCUAGAGUUUAACGCCCGCUGCUUGGGACUCGGCCUCAACGUCGUGAUCAUUCUGUACCCCGGUGAUUUGUUGAAGGCAUCAGGGCAGAAGAUCAGGACAUCGAUCAGGCACGCCGACCCGCAGACAGUGAAGGAAUGGCACCGCGACGAGGCGAUCCGCGUGCUGAAGUUUUUCCGGGAGGCGGUUCUGGCCGAGCUGCGGCGCGAUGGUAGGAAAUGGGAGUGGGCGAAGCCGUCCGAAGAAGAGGUGCAGGAGAGGCUCGCCGACUGCGAUCGCCCCCUUCGAGAUAAAGUGGCCAACGCCGUCCGGGACGGGGACGCUGGCUUCGGUCUGCUAGCAAUGAGCGCGCUGCUUUGGGCUGUGAGGCGGAUGGAUCUCCUGACAGGCGGCCUUCGUCGCAGUGUCACCAGCAUGGACAAGGUCAACGUUUCGGGGUUGAAGAAGCUGCGGACUGAUAUGGUGGCCUGGAUCAAGAAGCUAGUAGCGCGCAAACGGGCGGGCCAGGUCGGAGUUGCUGCCGACGCCUGUGACGACGACGGCGAGGAGGUCCAUUCGGCAUUCCAAGCAGUCGGUGUCGCCCGCACCGUCGCUGAUGCGCAUGGGACCACGAUAGGAAAGCCGGGAGGCGGCGUCGACGAGGAUGAUGCGGAGGCUGGAAAGGGGGUAACUGGUACCGAGGAGAAGCACCAGGACGAGGAUCGUGAGGAGGGUCGUUUGGAGUCGGAGUCGGAAGGGGAGGAGGAGGAAGAGGAGCAGGAGAAGCAGGAGGAGGUGGAGCAUAAAGAGCAGGAGCAGGAGAAGCAGCUAGAGGGGGAGCAGGAGGAAGAGGUGGAGUUGGAGGUGGAGGAACAGGAGGAAGAACUGGAGGUGGAGUCUGUAGCUGCUGGAGCGGCAGAAACGGGUGAAAGGUCGGCAGACGUUGAGAACGAGGAAGGGGAGGGGAAGGGUGCGAUGUCAGCGGAUCUCGAAAAGGAGAAAGAGGAGGUCGGCGUGGAGGCGGCUCACGGGGGGAGUGGGAAUGUCGUGGUCGGCGAUCGGGAGGGAGGUGUAGACCUGGAGGCCGUAGAAGAAGGGGAUAACGCCGCGGCCACGAAGCAGACGGGCGUGGAAGUGACUCACGGGGGGGAGCGGUCUAGGAGGAAGAAGGCGGCGAGCGGUCACCCCGGUUCCACCGCAGCUGGUCGGCAGGCGCGGCUGGACAUCGUCGAGCAGCUGCGAGAGGAGAACAGGCGACUGCGGGCCGACAAUGCACGACUGGAACGGCGGCUCGGUGAACAGACGGGACGGGUCGACAGCUUGGCGUCGGCGUUAGCUGGAAUCCUCGACAAGCUCAAGGCUUUGACCGCUCAGGUAGCCGACACCGACCGGAACUUGGCGAAGCGCCUCGAGGACGCCACGUCGACCAUGGCGACGACCAUCACCGACGACCUCACCGACAACAUGGCUAGCGCGGUUGAAGCUGGCAAGUCCUUUGCCGAACUUGCGGCCAAGAUUCUGCGGGAUCUUGACGACCCCAACGGAAGAAUGGCGGUCGAACGCGCGACCGAGGCGAACGCAUUGGCCGAGCACGUGACGAAUGCGGUGGGUGAUGCGAGGAAGUUUUUGAAGGAGACAGUCAUUAAAUACAUCGGCGCCGCGCAGACCAACAUUGCAGCCGCCGUCGCACCCCGCCUCGUCGUGCAGCAGCAGCCGCCGCCUAUCGCCCCAGCGCAGGCCUUGCCAGAAGAGUUACUGAAGUCCUUCAAGGAGGAUGUGCUGAAGGUGGUGACGGAGGCGACGCAGCAGUCGUUUCUCGCCUCCGGAUUGAGGAUAAUGACCGAGGUGGUCGGCACGGUGGCGCCUGAUCGGCGUGGGUCGUCGCCGUCGGCGAACGACGCCGGCCAACCGCAUCCAAAGGAGGCCCAGAAGCAUGGUCAGAAGAGAGGGGGCGGCGGAGGCGGGGGAGACGGAGAAGACGCCACGAGCGUGAAGCGUAGCAAGGGAGCUGGUGGGUCCCGCGUGGCCGGCGAAGGCAGCAAGGGAGCUGGUGGGUCCCGCGUGGCCGGCGAAGGCAGCAAGGGAGCUGGUGGGUCCCGCGUCCCCGGCGAAGGCAGCAAGGGAGCUGGGGACGCUGGAGCUGGAGACAGCUCGGCAAAGCAACCUACGACCGUGGUCGACAUCCUGAAGAGGCACUGGGCUACUGUGGGAUCGCCCAGCACGGGCCAUGGAGAAGGGAGUGCAGCUGGGGGUCCCGCCGACCAGAACACCGCCGUGCCAAGUGCUCCGACUUUGGUCGCCGAGAAGCCACGAGCUCAUGUGAGCGGAGGGAAGGGGUUGAGCGAUAAGGAAACCCCCGCCGCCAAAACGGCCCCAGUCGUUAACGGGCCGAAUGCCAAGAUAGCGGAGGCGACAGCGGUUCCUAAACAGCCUCCCGCGGGUGCACGUCAUCCGACCGGCGCGUCUGCCGACGUCCCGUCUGCCGACAAGGAUAGCCGCGCGGGGAAAGGGGCGGCCGCUGCGAACGCACUCAAGGACCAGCUCAGGCUCCUUGCGGGCCACAGGGCUGCUCAACAGCCUCCCCCCCCUGUCGACGUGCCAUCUGCCAGUGUACCACGUGUAGCGCCGGCCGUCGCCGCCCGUACUCCUGCAGACCCUAAGUCCGCUUUGCUGCGCAAACAGUUGAGCACACGAGGGUCGACUGCGCCAACUCGGCAGGGUUUAGGGUCUAACGCGACGCCGACAUCGGGGAAUGUCGCAGCACCCACUCCCGUGGCGGCUGAUGUCGAGAAAGCGGCGGAGAAGGGUGUGCGUGCCGCGCUUGCCACAGGCAGCAGCCCAGUUGAGGAGGUCGCCCCCGACGCGGAUAUCGCCGCCAUACAGGCCCAACUGGAUGCAGCCAAACCUCGGACACUGGCCAUUUCGGACACAGCACAUGCGGAGCAGCCGGCGAGUCCCGCCGGUGGUUCGACAGAUCGUAAAACGACCGAUGAUGCUGUCGGCGAGGGAAAGGCGAAGCGGAAGGGGAAGGCGGGCUCUCAGAGGAAAACACGGCAGAAGUCGGAGGUGAAGGCGACGGGAAAAGGGAAGGAGAAGGCGGAGGAGACGGCGGCGGAUGUGAUGUCGGUGGAGAUGGGGAAAGCGGGGGAAAAUCAGGAGAAGUCGGUCGGCGAGGGUACAUCAACGGGGAGAAAGGGGAAGGAGAAGACGGUCGGCGAGGGUACGUCGACAGGGAGAAAGGGGAGGGAGAAGGCGGCGGAGAAGAGGAAGGAGAAGGAGGAAAAGGAGGACGAUGACGACGACGAGGAGGAGGAGGAUGAGGAGGAGCAGCAGGAGGAGGAAGAGGGGAAGGACAAGGCGAAGGAGAAAGAGAGGAGGGGUCAUGGCAUCUGUCACGACAGCUCGGGCGACGGGCAAGGGUGGGUCGGCGAGAUUAAGGUGCACGGCAUUAAUCGGUACAUCAGCAAGUCGCGCGAGAAGAUGGAGCUCGCGUAUGUGCACUCCAUCGCGUUCGUCGUCUACGACGGUUUCGUGAGCAAGGUGCUCAUGGACGAGCUCACCGGCUUGGACACUGCCGAGCUGGAGAGGUGGAGGAAGGUGUGGGAGGAGGUCAAGAUCUUGCCGACAGGGAUGUGGACGUGCUUCGUCGAGAACGACGACGCCAAGGUGGCCGAUGCUGUGGAAGAAGGGAAGGCGGUGGUGCUUAUAGCCGGUGCGAGCAACGAGACCGCCAAAGUAUUCGAAACUGUCAUGGCGGCGGUGCUGAACGCCGAGAUCACCCGGGACCGCCCCCUGGGGGAGGUCGCCUUCAACGUCGCGCCAGCGCUGCAGAGUCUCGCCCUGCAGAGGGUCUAUCCGGGGGGCGAUGCGGGAGUCGAUGCUGAGGUGGUCGCUAGAGCGACGGUGGAGACCAUGGCUUUCUGGGGAAUGUGCCCCGUCGUCGGCCCGAAGCUCAAAAAGAGGAGUAUCGCGGUGCAGAUGAAGGCCGAUCUUGACCACAGGGGGAGGAAGGGUCAGAGGGGGAAGCAGGGGACGAAGGGGAAGGGCAAGGACGGCACGGGGAAGAAGGGGAGGAAGGGCAAGGACAGCACGGCAGUGUAG